UCAUUUUCUAUGUAGUCUGCGUGCAGCUCUCCCUCUGCAAACAGGUCACAAUGUUUCUCUUUAACUUGUUUUCAGCCACUACCUGGACUUUGCUGGUUCUUUUUAUCACCCUUGUGUUGCUAUAUGGAAUUUGGCCAUAUAGGUUUUUCAAAAAAAUGGGAAUACAGGGACCAAGACCACUGCCGUUUGUUGGGACACUUCUAGGCUUUAAAAAGGGAUUAGUUGCUCUUGACCGAGAAUGCCAAGCCAAGUACGGGGACGUCUGGGGGCUGUUUGAUGCACGAAUCCCAGUUUUAAUGGUGGCAGACCCUGAGAUUGUUAAGACUGUGAUGGUGAAGGAGUGCUACGCUGUGUUUACCAACCGCAGGGAUAAUCCAGUGGCAGGACCUAUGGCUGAUGCAAUUACAACAGUUAAAGAUGAGAGGUGGAAAAGAAUUCGGAGCACUUUAUCACCAUGCUUCACCAGUGGAAGACUGAAACAGGUUGGUUUCAUCUCCAAGCUCACUCACCACUUCUGCAAUCUGCAGCCUUUGACCGAGUCAGGGGUCCCAC